UCUCUCACUUGCAUGAAGAAGAGAUAGCCUAUAAUUCUUUAGUUUAAUGUUUCUAUAUAUAUCCCUGUCUGCGACUGAAUCCUUGCGGUUACCAUGCCGGCACAGUGAUCCAAUUUACUUGGAGGCCGUCCGACAGCUUUAAAAAUUUCGGACGCGAAAGAAAGACGACUAAGGGAUAGCCACUCCUUCCCCACUCCCUUCUCAAAUUCAAUGUGUCGUCCAUUUCUAAUUCCUAAAUUUUUUUGACACCCCUAUUCUUGUACCAGCUCCCCCCGACUUGUUCACCCGCAGCGAGUGGUUGCGCUGCCGUGAAAGGCAAAUUUACUCCUUGAUCGCUUUAGAUGAAUAGGACCUUGACAAAUUCGGGAACUUCUUGCCUGUGAUGGUAUCCGGAUCAAGUCAGGGGUCGGGGUCUGAUAGGCCUGACCUCAAUGGCUUGCAAACGACCGCCUCGCCCCUACGGCCCUCGGAACGCAACGAUCCUCGAAAAACCCCGGUACCAAAGGCAUUGGUAGGAAAUCCUUCUCGACCAGGAAAAGGAGGAAAUGGGCAAGAAAGUGUCGAUGAUGACUUGGAACGGGAUUUCAAACUCAAGCAUCUGGGUUCACUGGGCGUGCUUGGCUGGAUACUGUUUGUCCAUGUUGUCGGAAUAUUCUUUUUCACCAAAGGGUUUCUCCUGACUCGAAUGGUCUUGGAGAAUAAGUCGUCUUGUGAAGUUCUUCCCUUCAGAGAUACAUCGUCGCAUUCGGCGGUCGGCAAGAGAAACGAAGGGUGUUGGCACGAGAAGUCAUUCGAGAAGGCUAUUGUAAUCAUCGUAGAUGCCCUGCGGUACGAUUUCACGGUCCCAUUCGCGCCAACAACCCAGGGUGAAACUGCCCAGUUGUUCCAUGAUAAUAUUCCCAUUCUGUAUGACACCGCAGUGAACACCCCAGAGAACGCUUUCUUGCUGCCGUUCAUUGCGGAUCCACCUACCACAACGCUGCAGCGUCUCAAAGGAUUGACGACUGGAACCCUGCCAACUUUCGUGGACGCUGGCUCUAAUUUCGCUGGAACGGCAAUUGAUGAGGACAACCUAGUCGCUCAGCUACGUUCUGCAGGGAAGAAUCUGGUGCACCUCGGCGACGACACUUGGCACAGUCUCUUCCCUAAUUACUUUGAUCCCGAACUGACGCGGCCCUUUGACUCUCUUAAUGUAUGGGACUUACACACCGUUGACAAUGGCGUCAAUGAUCAUUUGUUUCCCCUCCUACAUUCGGAGAACGUCACAAAAUGGGAUGUUAUAUUUAGCCAUUACCUUGGUGUGGAUCACGCUGGCCACCGUUAUGGUCCCAACCACCCAGCCAUGGGAGCAAAAUUAAGGCAAAUGGACCAGGUCAUUCGAGAUAUCAUCGCUAAGAUUGACGAUCGCACUUUGUUAGUUGUAAUGGGCGAUCAUGGCAUGGACUCAAAAGGCGAUCAUGGAGGCGAAUCGAAUGACGAAGUAGAUGCUGCUCUAUGGAUGUAUUCAAAGAAAAAGUUCUUUGGUCGCACCAGUCCAGAGUCUGCCAUACCACCGAAGUCGGCGCGAGAACGAUCUGUUCCUCAGAUAGACCUCGUACCAACGCUGUCAUUACUUCUUGGCUUGCCGAUCCCCUUCAACAACCUUGGAUCGCCGAUCGAGGAGGCUUUCUCAGGACCUAGCGGAAAAGACUGGAAAAAUCUGGUCGCCGUCAAUCGGCUGGUGUCCGCUCAAAUCGAGAGGUAUCAGCACGAGUAUGCAAUCACGCGGGCUGCCGAUGAUGGCCAAGAAUCUCAGUCGCUUGACUUGUGGGAGACAGCGGAGAAUGCCUGGCAGAAGUCCAGCAAGUCGAACAAAGCGGCAAUGCGUUCUGUGUACCAGUCGCAUCGGGAGUACCAGCGGCACACCCUCAAUAUAUGCCGGGCAUUGUGGGCUAAAUUCGAUCUCCCGAGUAUGGUACAGGGUGUUGGUAUACUCUUUGCAGGGCUUUUAUUGCUGGUGUUUUAUGCCCGAGGUAUCAGAUCAGACCACACAGAGCUCACAACGCCGCUCCUUUCUGCGGUUGGAGUAGGUUUGGGCAUGGGUGCUGUGGUCGGCGGUUCUUUGGCCUUCAGUGGCGUGGUGGAUGUGCCAACAACAGAAUCAUCGGCUUUGUGGGCUGCCGUCGGAAGUAUACUUGGCGCUUCGUGGGUCAUCUUUGUGAAGGCUGGUCGCUUGGUGUUGCCUGUACCCAACUCAUUGUGGGGUUUGCUCGCUCUGCUGUUCACUGUGACUCAGUCGCUGGGAUUUGCUUCUAACUCGUACACCAUCUGGGAGGAUGAAAUUCUAUUAUUCUUCCUUUCCACCUUUGGUGUCGUUGCGGGCGUAUCUUCAAUGCGCCAAAGGUCAACAGCCGACAGGGUCUUGGGAGUCUACCACUCGGUCCUCUUUGUGGCCCUGGGAAGAAUCGCUUCGUUCUCCCGCCUUUGCCGUGAGGAGCAGAUGCCAUUUUGUCGCUCCACCUACUAUGCAUCCACAACAUCAUCUACCUCUGCCCCAUGGCAGCUCGCCAUUCCUUUCCUCGUGACGCUCAUUUUACCAGCGGUUGUUAAAUCUUUCUACGCCGGCUCGAAGUCAUACGAAGGGGCUGCUACCUUGUGGGUUGGAUACGGUUUUCGACUAGGAUUGCUUUUGACCUCUAUUUUCUGGAUGCUUGAAGGCGCGGAUGAUGGGGAAUGGUUCACCUUAAGCAAAGAGACCUUGAAGUCCGUUCGAGUAUUUCUCGCUCAGCUUGUUCUUGGUCUCGCUUUUGCUGCUGGCACAACAGCGUACAUAUAUUCGAAGCCAUGUGUUAGCAUUAGUGUCACACAAGGUAGUGCCAACUCCGACAGUAACACCAAGUCGCCUUCCUCCCCAGCGCAACCGGGAAGGACAACCGUCACUAUCCUGGGUUUCGGGAACAUCUACGGGACUAGGUUCUUCCUUCUUGUUGUCAAUUUUUGCUUGGCUAUUGUUCUAAUGCAAAAGCCUAUGGGCCAGGGUGCCGUGGGUUUGUUACUCUGGCAGAUCUUAUCUUUGCUUGAAAUCCUUGACACAAAUGCGUUGGUCUUGGGUAAUUCGGCUAUCGGUCCGGUUGUUCUGGCGCUUCUCGGUUCCUUUUAUUAUUUCAAGACAGGCCACCAGGCAGCUUUGAGCACUAUACAAUGGGAGGCCGCCUUUGUACCCUUAUCCUCCGUUAAAUACCCCUGGUCUCCGAUACUAGUGAUUCUUAACACUUUCGGUCCGCAAAUUCUCGCCGCCGUUGCUGUUCCUCUAACCGUUCUCUGGAAGCGGCCUUUACAACUUCAUGACCCAUCAAAGCCUGCGUCACAGCCCAAGAAUCCUGCCACUAAAAUUCUUUCGGACGUUGUACAGGCGGCAUGUACUUAUAUCCUCUACUUCGCCACCAUCAACCUCGCAACUACGAUGUGGGCUGGCCAUCUUCGCCGUCAUCUCAUGCUCUAUCGCAUCUUCUGUCCUCGCUUUAUGAUGGGUGCUGUCGCUCUCGGAGUUGUGGACAUUGUCCUCAUCUUGUUCUCUGUGGCCGGCGUACGCUGGAGCAUGCUGAGUGUUGGUGAAAUCUUUGGGUGGUAGACUGUGAGAGAACUCGAUCUUCAGUCCUACAUUGAGGCACGGUGCCCAGGGGAAGGGGUAAUAAUAAUCAGAAAUUCCCAGCCGCAAGCCUUUUGCAAUAGAGUCGCUUUGUCUGAAUCACCCACUACAUCAUGCCUUUCUCGCCACUUUGAAUGACCUCUGCGAAAACGUUGUUCCUUGUAUUUAUUAAUCUUUAGUUAUGUAUAUUCUUCUGACAAAGUUUGGAGACGGUAAAUGGAGACUGGGAAGGGGGCAAAGAAUCAUAGCUGUUCUAAUUCUUGGUUUCUGAUUCUUUAAUAUAUGACGAUAUAUUAUUGAUAUAUCGACCGAAACAAAAAACUAAUAAAACUAAG